GGUAGCAGCAGCGGCAGCAGCAGCAGCACUGGCAAGCAAUAGCAAAGGCAGCUUAUCAGCACUAGCGGUAGCAGCGUUAGCGUGGAGGAGAGGAGAAGAGACAUUUCAAUCGGGGGAUGCUGUGCCGUCGAUGAAAAGGAGGGGGAAAAAAGCAGCUGCCGUCCUUCCUGAUUAUUCCUCCCUCUUUGGAUUUGCCCGAGACGAGAGACGGAUCUGUAAUCUUUCCACUUGCCGUGCAUUAGAUAUUUUUCUCCUUCUCCUCCGGCUGCUCUCUCUAUCUCUCUUUUUUUCUCUCUCUCUUGCGCUCGGUGGGCUCUCUUUCUGCUGCCAUCCCCCGGCUUGCGUAUCGUCGUUUGUCUAGAACGGAGGUUGCCUGGCGAUCGGAGGAGGAGGAGGAGGAGGUGGGGGGAGAAAUCGACACACAGGCUUCUCUGUCGACAGCGGUGUGUGCCGGAGUGCCUGCUUGGAGGUCACAGGAGAGACCGCCGCCUCCUUUUCUCUUUUUUACCCUCUUGAUAUAUUUUUUUGUAUUUUUGGCUGGAGGGGGGUGCUUUUGUCUCCCCGUGCACCCGUAGCUGAAUUGAGCCAUUGUUGGAAGGGCAGGCCUCGCUGUCUUUCUCCUCUCUCUCCCUCUCUCCCUUUCUCUCUCUCUCUCUCUCUCUCCCUCCUCACUCUAACCUCUCCCUCAUUCUCCAAUUCGCAUCCAACCUCCCUCUCUCCUCAUCACCAGGUUUUCCAUUUCCCUCUCCCAUCCCUCCCCCUGUAUAUCCAUCCUUUCGUUGAAAGGAGAGGGGGGAAAAAAAACCUUUUUCUCCGUAACUGGAAAGCUGCUCGCGGAAGCUUUUUCCUGGAUCAUCUUUAACCUUCCCUCCCAGCUCUCUCCCAGUCCCUUCCCUCUCUCCCUCUCUCUACCUCCAUCCGUCCUUCCUCCCCACCCCCUGUAACGCUGUAGUGGAGCGUUAUGAGCGCACGGUGGCGUAUGAAUGGGGCACCUGGCUGCGGUCGCGCAGGGCUGAGCUCCAGUGAAGGGUGAUGCCUGCGGGGAGUGCCGGCUUCUCUCCCCCGAGCACACAGCAGCAGCAGCGGCGCCGGUGCAGGAGACCCCCACCCCGGCCAGCGCCUCCCCCAUCCGAUCCCGGUCCUGCCUCCAGCGCCGUCACCACUGCCCCCUGAGCCCAGGCUCUGAGGCGGCAGCCAGGCGGGCAGGCGGGCAUUUGCUUGUUCUGUUUGUGUGUCUGAGUGUGUCUGUGUGUGUCUGUGUUUGUGUCCGCAGACGUGUGUGUGAGUGUGUGUGUGUGUGUGUGUGAGUGUGUGUGUGUGUGUGUGUGUGUGUGUGUGUGUGUGUGUGUGUGUGUGUGUGUGUGUGAGUGUGUGUGUGUGUGUGUUUGUGUGUAAGUGUGUGUAUGUGUGCGUGCGUCGCGCUGGCUCACGCCAUGUCUUUGGCCUGCUGAUCCCUCACCCGGGGCACCCCCUGCCAAUGUGCGGGAGGGACUGAGCCUGAGGUAGCCCCCUCCCCCCUCCUUCUCCUCUCCUCCCUUUACCUUUCCUUCCCUCCUCCCUCCUCCUCCCCUCUCCCACCUCUAACUGCCCCGCGCUUGGCACCCUCCUGCCCCCACCUACCAACCCUCUGGCCUCGCCAUGAAGAAGACCCGGAGCACCAACCUGCGCCGGGCCUGGCCUAGCGCCGAGUUCGCUGAGCGCCCCCCCGAGAGGACGCGCUCUCGCAGUGAGAAGGACUACCGCCACCACAAGCACUUCCCCCCGCCGCCUCCCCCCCCUCACAUAUCCCCCUCGCCACGGGGCUACAUGACACCAGGUGAUGUAUCUCCCAUCAGUAUGUCACCGAUCAGCCAGUCCCAGUUCAUCCCGCUGGGGGAGAUUCUGUGUCUGGCCAUCUCAGCCAUGAACUCGGCCCGCAAGCCCGUCACUCAGGAUGCGCUCAUGGAACACCUCGCCACCUGCUUCCCAGGGGUACCGACGCCUAGCCCGGAGAUUUUGAGGCAUACUCUGAACAUGUUGGUGCGGGAGAGGAAGAUCUAUCCCACACCGGAGGGCUACUUCAUCGUCACACCGCAGACCUACUUCAUCACGCCCUCCCUCAUCCGCACCAACAGCAAGUGGUACCACCUGGACGAGCGGAUAUCUGAGCGCCAGCAACAACAACAGCAACAACAACAACAACAACAACAACAACAACAACAACAACAACAACAGCAGCAGCAGCAGCAACAACAACAACAACAGCAGCAGCAGCAGCAGCAGCAGCCGUCUUCAGUGCAGCAGUGUACAUCUCCGCAGUCUGGGACGAUUACUCCAUCGACGUCGGGCUGUGUGCGGGAACGGGAACGCGAUCGUGACCGUGAACGUGAACGUGAGCGUGAGCGCCCCCGUGAGCCGCACCACAAGAAUCACUGCGAGCCGUACAACACGUACAACCGGGACGAGCUUGCGGGUCACCACACGUCCACGCUGCCGAGAAAGUCAUCCAAGGAGCCUAAGGGAGAUCCGCCGUCCUACCCCCAGCCACCGCCCCCUCCUCCCCAAGCCCAGCACCUACUCCCGCCCGAGCCCACCGACAAGACCAAGAGCACAGCUGCCUUCUCCUACAAGACGGACACGCUUACUAAGAAGAAGGAAGGGAGUGGAGGCGGCGGAGGUGGAGGAGGGGGCACUAGCGAGAAGCAGUCCAAGAAGUUCGGGCUGAAGCUGUUCCGCCUGAGCUUCAAGAAGGACAAGACCAAGCACCUGGCCACCUUUUCCGCCCAGUUCCCGCCCGAGGAGUGGCCGCUGCGAGACGAGGACACCCCGGCCGGCGCCGCCAUCCCCCGCGAGGUGGAGAUGGAGAUCAUCCGCCGCAUCAACCCGGACCUGACGGUGGAGAACGUGGCCCGGCACACGGCCGUCAUGAAGCGCCUGGAGGAGGAGCGGGCGCAGCGGAGCAAGGCGGGCUCGUCGGCGCAGCACAGCGCACGCAGCCGGCGCAGCCGCGGACACCGGCGCGCGCCCCACGGCAAAUCGCGCUCGCACAGUAAGACGCGGGCGUCGCGCGGCGACCCGUCCGAGAGCUCGCACCUGGACCUGGUGGCGGCAGUGAACGCCGACCGCGACUACCGCUUCUUCAGCCACUCGCUGGUGCGCUCGCCGCGCGAGGGCAUGUACACGGUGGAGCGCAGCCGCGCUGGCGGAGCCUACCUGGUGCACAGCAACCCCAACAUCGCCGAAGUCGAUCUUCGCCACGUCGAAAGUGGGACGUCGGGUGAGCUGGGCUGCCGGGCGACAGAGAUGCCCUUCCCUGAGCCGUCGCGUGGCACAUCGCACUCCCGCGUGCACCGCAGCCACAGCCACACGCAGGACCGGAAGUCGCGCAACGAGCGGCCGGACAAGGCCAAGGAGCGCUCACGCUCGAUGGACAACUCCAAAGGGCCACUGGGAGGGGCUCCGUCCUCACUGGGCACCCCAGAGGACUACGACCGCAGUCCCGAUGACCGCAGCCGUUACUACACGGACGACGGCACGCUGCGGGCAUCGUCGCAACAGGGACCGCACUACUCACGCAUCAUGUUCUCGGCUGCCAAGUUCAGCUCGGAGGUGUGCGUGCCGGACGUGGGCAAAGGCGGCCUGGACGAGUCGCGGCUCUGCAGCCCGCUGGAAAGGAACAAGAGCCGCGACAGCCUGCCCGCCUACAGCGAGCUGAAGGCCCUGUCACCCAAGCCGCUGACCGACGACUACUUCCAGUGCAACACGUCCAAUGAAACCAUCCUGACGGCGCCGUCGCCCCUGAGCAAGGCCGACCACGACACGCUGACCUCGUCGGAUGGGAUCAGGAAAGGCUCGCCGGCUGACAGGCAGACGCCGCACCUCACGUCGCCCCACUCGCUCGAGUACAAGGAGGACUCGUCCUCCAAGGGACAUGGCGGCUCGGGCAAGCCCACGCCCAGCCAGACCCCAGAACCCUUGCCCAACGGACGUUUGAUACCGCACCAACACAACGCCGACCCAGGGGGAGGUGCUGGCGGAGGAGGUGGGGGAGGAGGAGGAGGGGGAGGAGGGGGCAGCGGAAGCGGCUCGGGGAGCCUGAGCAGCAGCCUAGUCGACAAGCGGAAGGAGAUCUUCAGCAAAGACACUUUGUUCAAGCCCCCGCACAACUUGCUUAGCGUGGGGUACUCGGAUGGCAGCAGCACCAUUGGUGGAUGUUACUCCAAGUCGGGCACGCUGCGGAAGGCGCCCCACUCCAAGUCGGCCGAGGUGCUGGACAGCCUGGAUUCUGGCCCCCAGUCACUGCAGUCGCUGCCCCCCAACUCUGCACCCUCGCCCGCCUCUGUACCCGUGCCACCCGGCUCCGACCAGACGGCGGUGCCCUCCGCCUCGGAGGCCGGCUUUGACUAUUACAACGUCUCUGACGACGAGGAGGAGGACGACGCGGAGGACCCCUCGCGCAAGGACACGGGCUCAGCCGACGGGAAAGGCCGGGUCGAGAGCGGGCCGGUGGGUAGUACAGGGGGAGGCGGAGGGGUGUGCGGCGGUCCAGGCGGCGGAGGCACCAUGCAGUGGCUGCUCGAGAGGGAGAAGGAGCGCGACCUGCAGCGGAAGUUCGAGACCAACCUGACCCUUCUCAGCCCCAAGGAGACGGAGAACAACAGUAGCCAGAAGUCGGCCCACUCGGCUCGGCUCGACAGCAUGGAUAGCAGCAGCGUGACGGUCGACAGCGGCUUUAACUCUCCACGUACGCGUGAGAGCCUGGCCUCCAACACCUCCAGCAUAGUGGAGAGUAACCGACGGCAGAACCCGGCCCUGAGUCCCGGCCACAUGGGCACCACCAGCAUCGGGCCACCUUUCGGGUUCCGCAGCAUCCCCGAGCCACCCACCACCCAGCCCGAGAAACUGCAGAAGUCCCCCAACUGCUUGGCCUCCAUCACUAGUGUCUGACCAUU